AUGUUUCCAUCAGAGUCCUUUCAAACCACGGUGAAGCCAAAUAAAGGUUCAGAUGUCGCCGUUUCCAGCCGGCUGCCUGAUUGCACCGUCUGCACCGUCAGUGGCRUUAAUGACACUCAGACUUCCUGCCAACCGUCUCUUAAACUAGAGCCUGAAAAGGAGGUGAAGCUGCUGUUUAAAUGCCCCCAACCCGUCGAACAGUCGUACGAUGUGACAAUCRCCAGCUUAAUUGAAUGCACAAAAGAUGCUUGCAGUCCAGCGAUGGUAGAAGUCCAGUCGUCCCUCCUGUCGAAGAUCUCCAGAACCUUCACCUGGAAGCUGAAGGCGCCUGAAAAGACCCUCGUGAGUCUGAAGGUUCUUGGGACUGGACUGACCAAAGCUCCACGCCCUUGUACUGAUGGACGGCAAUAUUCAGCGGUCACAUCUGAAACCGGCCAAGAGGUCCCGACUCGGUACUGUGAGGGUGGCAGCGAGACCCAACUGGACCUGUCCGAUCAGGGCGUGGUGACCCUGGAAGCCAAACCAAACACACAGGUGGAGUCGGUCCUGUUUCAAGCCUUGGCUGCACCAAUGAAGCGAGUAAUGACCGUCACUAUUGGUCCUGAUUCCACUGUGGUUCUGACCCGGGAUCCUGGGAAGGAAGAGUGUGAAAUGUGUGUCACCAGCGGCGCCAGUCCAGACUGCCAUGCCACAGAAAAGACUCUGAAAAGUGCAGAAAAACUCCCUCUGGAGUUCAGAUGCCUGAAACCCGAAGACGUUUUCAUCGUGAAGAUGACAACAAACAUAGGAUGCACUCAGACAUCCUGCUCUCCGGCUUCGGCUGAAAUGGAUCCGGAUCUCUUCAAGGGCUUCCGAAGAACCCUGACGUGGGAAGUUACUGUUCCAGACAGAACUGCUUUAACUUUAGAGUUUCCUGGACUGAAGGAAAGCUCUGCAUCAGAGAACUGUGAGGACGGCAUUCAGUACACGGUCAGCACCAUGAGGACCGACGCAGAGAUGAGAACCAGCAGUUACUGCCAAGGCGGGACGGCGUCUCAACUGGAGCUGUUUGGCAAGACGACUGUGACGGUGGAAGUUCCCAAAGAAGGAGAACUGGACCGGACCGUGUUCAGUUCAACGGCAACGUCGAGACUUGGACGAUCCAUGUAUGUGACCUCUGAACCCAACACAAACCUCAUCAUCACGAAGGUGGACCAAGAGGCAGACUGUCAGGUCUGCAUAACGGAGACGUCCAUAAAAACCUGCAAAUCUCAACCGCCCAGACUGAAAAAUCUUCGCAACGCUUCGGUGGAAUUUACGUGUCCUCAACCGCAAAAAGUCUUCAAAGUGGAGAUAAACAGAGAUAUUGACUGCACAAAGACUUCCUGCUUAGGCACCACCAUCCAGGCCAACGAGUUUUUUCCCAACUACAACCGGACCUUCACCUGGGACAUAAAGGUUGGCACCUCUCAGACUUUCCACCUGGACUUUCCAGAACCUGGAUUGCGACAGAUUCCCAACAGUGGGACGUGUCCAGAUGGUCACACCUACUCCGUCAUCCUCUACCUCCAUCUCGCUGCCCCAGCAACCAUCGGCACUUUCUGCAAAGGCGGCCCAGUGACCUCAGUACUGGGUCAGUACAGGGGCCGUGUGACGCUGACGGUGCCGUCGGACGUGAAGCUGGAUCCUUCGGACUUCCAACUUAAAGUUGGACCUCAGUCAGAAGUGACGGCCAUAGUGAGAGUCAAUCUGCCCCGCGGCGUGUCAGACACYGAGUUCAUCACGCCCAACUAUCCCAAAGAUUUCCCGGAUGACGAGCAGAUCCUGUGGGAGUUCAGCAUUCCCGAAAUGCACAACUACUCAGUUCAAUUCAGCGAACACUCGGCCCCAGAGUGUCUGGAGGAAGGCGCCGCGGUGGAGGUGGAGUACCAGAAGGAGGGCAAGGACCCGACCACAACGGCUCUGACGGGCCCGCAGCCUCAGCACCAGCAGGGCAGGUUUAAUUUGACGGUGAAGAACUGCAAAACAAACCAAACGCUGCCGGGACUCAGCCUGCGCUACACAGUCUCUGUGAUGAGGAGCGGCCAUCCAGUUCUCUGUACGCUGGACUUAACCAACCAGGAAGUGUCUGUGCAGAUUGAGAAGCUGGGCUCUGACCCUCUCUGUGAGAUAAGAAAGGACUCUAAAGAGGAAAAGAAGAUAAAUGUGGCAAAAGGAGAAACGGCCAAACUCUCCUUCCUCGACUGUCCAAACGAGGACCUUCGCCUGACUGCAAGCAAAGUUACUGCCUGUGCGGAUGCAUCGCUGUGCGCUCCGACCSUCCUCUCUGUUCCCACCUUGGAUCCCUGCCUGCCGAUGCCCCUCCACAGCUUUUCGUGGCUCUUCACCGUCCCACACGAAGCCACCCUGGACCUGGUGCCUCCCACAGGGAGCCUCCGGCAGUCCCUGCCCGGGCAGGAGUGCGAUCCGUCGUCUGUGCUGCGCGUCGCCGAGAACGACGGCUCUUUCAUCGGAAACUUCUGCUCCGAUGGCGAGAUCCAGAAACUCCAGGUUCACUCCAACAUCUCCAUCACAGYUAUGCUGCAAGACGUCAAGAUGUCUAAGGAGCCUCUGCUCAAUGUCAGCGUCAGUCCGGAGAUCACAGAAACCAUCAUCUACAGGAUCAUCCCGAAUUUGUCGUUUCCCACCAUGCUGACCACCCCAAACUGGCCUAAUGGAAUGAAGCCCCACUCCUCUGUCUCCUGGAUCGUGGACCUUCCCUGGAUGUACCACGCGCACAUCCACUUUGGCAUCAGUGGACUCAAAUGUGAAAACGGCCACACCAGGAUCAAUGUGAAGCACCAGGAAGGAGGGAACGAUCUCCUGGACAUCAUUGAGAGCAAAGACAUGAAGACAGAAAACACGACGGCCCGUCAGAGCUUCUACCUGAACAUGAGCAACUGCCAGCCAGAGGGACGUGGCCAGUUCAAUGUCAAAGCCACGAUUGUUCUUGAGAGAAAGAGCAAUYUGUUGCCCAUCCUCCUUGGUUUAGUCGGGGCUGUCCUGCUUCUGGCCCUGAUACUGGUUGUUGUAUGUGUACUUGUAAGGUAAGCAGCAUGUUUCUGUCUGGUAAGACAUUUUUAUUAGUGUUUU